AAUCUUACCACCCAUAACUUGCUCCUCUUUAAUUACUCCCUUCCCCGUUUAUAAACCACCACCUCCGUCAAUUUCGUCCUUCAUCCCCAUUUCCUCUGUAAUUUCUCAACAAAUUUCUUCUUCCUUACAAUAGGUUGUUGCUGUUACUCUCCAAAUCAACUAACAAAAUGUCGAAUGAUAAAGAGAGGGAAACUCAAGUUUACAGGGCCAAGUUAUCGGAACAAGCGGAGCGUUACGAAGAGAUGAUUGAAAGUAUGAAGAGUGUUGCAAAACUUGACGUCGAUCUUACUGUUGAAGAACGCAACCUACUUUCAGUAGGAUACAAGAAUGUGAUUGGUGCAAGAAGGGCCUCAUGGCGUAUCAUGUCAUCAAUUCAACAAAAGGAGGAGUCAAAAGGAAACGAAAACAAUGUCAGUCUGAUAAAGGGAUACUGCAAAAAAGUUGAGGACGAACUUACCAAGAUUUGCAAUGACAUUCUCACCAUCAUCGAUAAGCAUCUUUUACCCUCUUCAAAAUCAGGAGAAGCUACUGUUUUCUACCACAAGAUGAAAGGUGACUACUUUCGGUAUCUUGCUGAGUUCAAGACAGAUGAUGAUAGGAAAGAAGCUGCCGAUCAAUCAUUGAAGGGAUAUGAGGCUGCUUCUACUACUGCAAUUGCAGAACUCCCUUCCACUCACCCAAUCCGCCUUGGUUUGGCUCUCAAUUUCUCAGUUUUUUACUAUGAGAUUAUGAACAAUCCUGAGAGGGCCUGCCAUUUGGCUAAACAAGCUUUUGAUGAUGCAAUUGCUGAGUUGGACAGCUUGAGUGAGGAAUCAUAUAAAGACAGCACCUUGAUCAUGCAGCUGUUGAGAGAUAACCUCACACUUUGGACCUCUGAUUUGCCUGAGGAUGGAGGUGAUGAAAACUCAAAAACUGAAGAAGCAAAACCAGCUGAACAAGAGAAGCAGUGACUGAAAUUUACUGGUGCGAUGAAGAUGAAGAUGAAGAUGAAGAUGAAGAUGAAGAUGAAGAUGAAGAUGAAGAUGAAAAUGAAAGUGAAAGUGAAAGGGAGUUGAGUAUGGAAAGUGAAAAGUAGUUGAAUGAAUGAUAUGUCAUAUGUUUGUGGUUUUUUGGUUGAUUUGAUUUGAGUUGUUCCCUAAGAGAGCUUCUACUACGUACCCCUUUGAAUCUUGAUGUUGUAUUAAAAUGAAUCAAGAGAAUAUAAG